AUGACCAAGGGCUAUAUACAACAUCGCACGAUGGCAUAUGUGCAAAUGGACUUCAACUGGCUCGAUAUUAUUUCUGGGGACAACGGGAGCAUAGACCCAAGGACCCUCAAAGUCCAUCAGGUAGUUACAGCCCACCAGGACGAAACAUUUCGGUCCGAAAAACAGCCAUCUCCCCAGCCAUCUCCCCAGUCAUCGCCCCGGUCCUCCUCCUCCCUGGACCUACGAGCUCUAGGUCCGUUGAAGCUGGAACAUGACCCUCCAAUCCCGAGACUAAUCAGCAAGUCAUCUCUCCGUCGGCUGCACAAUUGUCUCAACCAACAGGGCCAAAGGCGAAGAUUCAUCGAGUUCCGCGUCGAAGAAGAGGACGCGGUAUCACUAGUCAGGACUCCGACUGACCUGGAGUACGAAGAUUCCUUCCUCCCGUUCUGUGGAGCCUUAACGCCACCGUACGGGAGAUCCUCCGAAGACACCUGUCAUUCUUCAUCACCGUCGUCUUCUCAGCCUGAGCCUCAGUGGUUGGCUCUUGUGAUUGCGCGAGUUGUAUCAAGCAAGGCCCGCAAAUCAUGUCGGGCCUUGAAGAAGAAGUUUUCUCGGUGA